UCACUCUCUCAUACACAGAAAAACAGAGAAAGUCUGGGAAAUGAGCGAAGGGCUAAAGGGGGACUACCAGGUUUGUGAAGAGAUCGGACGGGGAAGAUUUGGAGCCGUCUUCCGGUGCUUCUCUCCUGAAUCCGGUGAGUUUUACGCCUGUAAAUCGAUCGAUAAGCGUGUCCUCGCCGACUCCGUCGAUCGAGAAUGCAUCGAGAAGGAAGCCAAGAUCAUGCAACUCCUCAGCGGCAACCCUAACGUUGUUCAGGUAGUCGAUGCUUACGAGGAUGAGACCUAUCUUGACAUCGUAAUGGAGCUCUGCGACUCUUCCGACCUGUACGAUCGCGUCACUAAGCGCACUUUCUCUGAAGUCGAAGCUGCUGCGGUUAUAUCUCCGUUGAUGGAGGCUAUCGCUCAUUGUCACGGGAGGGGUGUUGCUCACCGCGACAUUAAGCCUGAUAACAUACUCUUUGACAGUCGGAGUAGGUUGAAGCUGGCUGAUUUUGGUUCUGCGGAUUUAUUUCACGACGGGCGAUCGAUGAGGGGGAUCGUUGGGACGCCUUACUAUGUUGCGCCUGAGGUGCUCUCUGGGAGGGAUUACAACGAGAAGGUGGAUGUUUGGAGUGCUGGUGUUAUUAUGUACAUAAUGUUGGCCGGAAUCCCUCCUUUUUACGGGGACUCUGCGGCUGAGAUCUUUGAGGCGGUGCUUCGUGGGAAUCUCCGUUUUCCUACUCGGAUCUUUUACUCUGUGUCGCCUGCGGCGAAGGAUCUUCUGCGAAAGAUGCUUUGUAAGGACGCUUCGAAGAGAUUCUCGGCCGAGCAAGUGCUCAGUCAUCCGUGGAUCACAAGCGGAGGGGAAGCUAGGUCGAUGACUGAUCUGACUUGAGAGA